GUUGAAGUUGUCAAAGUAGAGUAGGCAAUGUGUAUAUGACGCGUAUAGUGAAUUGAAAGUAAAGUAACUGUGCAAUUAUGAAUCCAAAUAGAAACGUCGUGUGUUUACUGUUGCUCUUUCUAGGAAUUUUAUCGUAUUUAGAUCAAAAAUGUGUCGAAGCAAAAUCGAAUCGGCAGAAGGCUCCCCUGGUCGAGGAAGUUUCUGACGUCAAGGAGCUGAAGAAACUGCUGCGCACAAAGAACAACGUGCUGGUGUGUUUCGUGAGCUCGUUGAAGCGAGCCGUUCCGACCGUCAAGGUGUUCCGCGAGGCUGCAGGCGCCAUCCGCGGGCAGGGCACGAUGGUGCUGGUCGACUGUUCGGGGGAGGCCCGCAAGAUGUGCCGCAAGCUGAAGGUGGACCCCGAGCCGGUGGUGCUGCGCCACUACAAGGACGGCGAGUUCCACAAGAACUACGACCGCCCGCUGACAGCGCAGUCCAUCGUCAGCUUCAUGCGGGACCCUGCCGGCGACGCGCCCUGGGAGGAGGACCCGGCGGCCGCCGACGUCGCGCACCUGCCCGAUGCCGCGGCUCUCCAGAAGGUGCUGCAGCGUAGGGACGGCCCGCGGCAGAUGCUGGUGCUGUUCUACGCCCCCUGGUGCGGCUUCUGCAAGCAGCUGAAGCCGGACUACGCGGCGGCCGCGUCGGAGCUCAGGGGCGUCGCCACGCUGGCGGCCGUGGACGUCAACCGCCCGGAGAACGCGGUCCUCCGGCAGAAGUACAACAUCACCGGCUUCCCCACCGUCAUCUACUUCGAAAAUGGAAGCCAGAAGAUGGUGUACGAGGGAGAGAACAAGAAGGAUGCACUUGUAAGGUUCAUCCGGAACCCCGAGAAACCUCCAGAAAAACCGAAGGAGAUUCCCUGGGCCGAAACUGAUACCUCUGUCACUCACCUCACCACCGAGACAUUUGAUUCUUUCCUCGAGGAAGAGCCAUCUGUGUUGGUGAUGUUCUACGCACCGUGGUGUGGGCACUGCAAGAAAAUGAAGCCCGAGUACGAGAAAGCUGCCGAGACGCUGAAGGCGCAGAAGAUUCCAGGAGUGCUGGCAGCUCUAGAUGCCACGAAGGAACAGGCAAUAGCGACGCGUUACGACGUCAGGGGCUACCCGACGCUCAAGUACUUCCGCGACGGUGCACUGGCGUACGACGUCGGGACGCUGCGGGACGCCGACCGUCUGACGGAGUUCAUGCGGGACCCGAAGGAACCUCCGCCGCCACCGCCCCCGGAGAAGCCGUGGAGUGAGGAGGAGGGCCAGGACGUGGUGCACCUCACGGAGGAGACCUUCAAGCCCUUCCUGCGCAAGAAGAAGCACGUCCUCGUCAUGUUCUACGCACCCUGGUGCGGCCACUGCAAGAGGGCCAAGCCGGAGUUCGUCCGGGCCGCGGCCCGGUUCCGCGACGACCCCAAGGUGGAGUUCGCGGCCGUCGACUGCACGAAGUUCGGCGCUGUGUGCGGCGCAUUUGAGGUGAAGGGCUACCCCACCGUCAAGUACUUCCACUACUUCAACAAGGAGACCAAGGACUACGGGGGCGAGCGGACGGAGGAGCACUUCGUGCGGUUCAUGCGCGACCCCCUGGGCGCCGGCGCAGACUCUCCGGCGGACGCCGGCACUUCUGCGAGAGCGGAGGCAGAGGGGUGGGCCGCACUGCCGGGCGGCGACCGCGUCAGGCUGCUGACCGAGGCGGACUUCGACGCUGCCGUCGCCUCGCCUGCGCCCACGCUCGUGCUCUUCUACGCCCCGUGGUGCGGGCACUGUCGCAGCAUGAAGGCGGACUACGCGCUGGCGGCAAAGCGCGCGCACGACGAGAAGCUGGGCGCGGCGGUGGCGGCGAUCGACGCCUCGGCGGCGGCGACUGUGCGCGGCCGCUUCGACGUCCCGGGAUUCCCUACGCUGAAGCUCUUCCGCUCGGGUUCCGUAAUCGGGGACUACCGGGGUGCUAGAACCGCGGACGGGUUCGUGUCGUUCUUGAGGACCGCCGUACGUGACGAGCUCUGAGCUGAAGGAGAAGGGAGAGGAAAGACCCGAGCUCCGCAGAGAUUCCUCUCAUGCGGUGCCGAAGUCUGUCUGUCGGAGGUGUAUUUAUUGGCGUCGUCACUAAUUUAUUUGCACAAAUCGAUCUGUAACGGUAGUCUCACCUAGGUAUAAUGGGACUGUUCCUCAGGUACGGAGCUCUCCACUCUGCCAAUUUUGUCGGGUCGGAGUGUGAAGAGUGAGCUUUUGUUUCUCGAUUUUAGGUGACGGGAUUUGUAACAGUUGCACUCUGUAUUAUCUGUAACAUUCUCCCACUUCUGUCUGCCCUUGUCGAUGUGGUUGUAGAUACUGAAUGUCUCACUCUUAGGAUUUCCUACUGCCACAAUGUGUCACCGUCCUUCUCACUGUAGUAGAUCUGACAAUUUAUUAUUUUUAUGUUUGAAUUGCAAGCACAAGUUAUUGAUACCGUGUACAUUUAUUAUUCUCCCAUUGCGCCUUUGAGGAUUACACAGCUGUCAUCUGGUGGACCUGGUUCAGUUAGUGAAGAACGGACAAUUUGUAUGUUUAGCUUUUAUGCAAUCUGAAACAUCAUCUUCCUGUCGUGAAAGGCUUCUUUUCCAGUUGUAUUUACACUAGAUACUCUUUCUAUAAAGUAUAUUUAUAGAAUACGUUUGUUUGCGUGGCCAUCUGCUGCAGCAGCUGUUAAAAUCUGUCAUAUAGGUUAUCUGUCUCGAGUUGACUGCAACCUAAUUAAAAAGAAUUACACCAGACGCGUUUCGCUUUCAUUUAUAAUGCAUCUUCCACUGUUAUUGGUGUUUCUUUAAUAAUUCUGUUCCUUCCCUCGUUGCUAGCAGCGGUUGGUGUCGAAAGCCUUCAUUUCGCAUCUGCACUAGGAAGUUUUUGGCAUUCUGCAGUAUUUUCUGCACUACCUUGUUUACACUUCACUUUCGUAAACUGCUUCUCAUUCCGCACUGCCAAUGUGGCGGUGAAGUGUAAAUAAUGCAGCACAGGAAAUAUUGUAGAAUGCCAAAAACUGCUAAGUGCAAAUGUGAAAUGAAGUCUUUCGACACCAACCGCUGCUAGCAAGGAGGGUAGGAGCAGAAUGUUUAAAGAAACACCAAUAACAAUGGAAGAUGCUUUAUAAAUAAUAGCAAAAUGCAUCUGAAGUAAUUCUUUUUAAUUAGAUUGCAGUCAGCUCGAGACGGAUGACCUAUUUAUAGAGAUUUUCAUAGGAAGUGCACGCCGUGUGAAUACGACUGGAAAAACAGCCUGUCACCGAUUAAAGAUGGGGCCACAGAUAACUCAAAAUUUGCACAUACAAAUCAUCCACAUCUGAUCGAUGUAAAUCCACCUGGUGGUGGCAGUGGCUGUCAUCAUCAUCACCAUCAUCAUCAUCAUCAUCAUCAUCAUCAUCAUCAUCAGCCGGUUUACUUAAUGCAGAAUGUCACGACCUUAUUUCUCGUGUAACUGUAUCUUCGACUAGACGUCUUCUUCACUUGUUAUUCUUCUUUGUGGUAUUCUACCUUCAAUAUUGCCUUGCUAUAUGGUCUUUAAAAAUUAUUCUCUUUCUUCCUAAAAUGUGUCCAAGGAGCAUGAAGUAGCUUUAACUGGCACAGGAAGAUACGUUUCUUGUGAUGCUAAGUUCUUCUGUAGUGAAAGCAUCAGUUUUCCUUUCUGUCUGUGGUAUUCGUAACAUCUUUCUCCGACACCACAUCUCGUGGCACCUCGUUCUAGCCUCCGCAGUCCACGUCUCGCAGCCGUACGAGAACGUGGGGAACACCGCUGACUCCACUGAGCGCUAUCUUUUUCAUUAUAUUGUUACAAAUAAUAGCUUAGUUAUCUGGCCAGUGUGAAAAACUUUGGUUGGACAGUUAUUUGCAAAUGCCAUUCGUAUCAGAAUUGCUAAGUUACUUUAUGAGCUGUUUUGUACUUCUCUCAACUUCUAUAAUGAAUUCUAUUAUUUUCUUACUGCAUGCACUACUGUGAAUUUUUGUUCCAGAAAUCAAAAAGUGUCGGUCUUUCAUAACUCACCUAACUUUACAAUUUUUAUAUUUCUGAAUACGGUUCUUGUUCUCCAAAUGUACUGAAAAAAAGUAUUUUCACUAAAAUAGUAUUUCUUCUUUGAGAGAAAUCUGUGUUCAGCCAGAAGUAGUAAUCUGUAGAGCACCAAGUGGAUUGCAAAAUGCUUGCCUUUACACUCGACCAGUAAAGAACGUCAUUUUCAGUGCUAACCGUGAAGAAUUACGGGUUCCUCGAGAUAUUCGACUUCAGAUUAUAUUAUACUUGUGGUUAGAGAUAGUCACAUAUUAGAUGUCAGGCACUAUGGGGACACACAAUGUCUCUAAGCCUGUGACAAUCUCUCUACGAACCCACAAAGUUAUUGAGCAUUUUAUGGGCAUUCUGGCUUCUUGUUUAUUAACUGAUGUAUUAUAUAUUUACAGAAUGCAGUUCAGUAGAAAAUAUACGGAUCACGUUUUCUUCCUGUAAAGGCACAGCAUUUUAAAUUAGCAAGUGUCGACCAGGCAUAAUCUUCCACAUAAGAUAGGAUACCUAUGUCCUGCCUUUCCCCUACGCACAUAACAAAAUUGUGCUAUAGGAAGUGUGUACGUUGUUCAAAUGAAACAUCAGAAGUUGUUUUGUGUGCUCUGUAUAAGCUGAGAGUGGAUCUGCAAUCGGCAGUGACAUUAACAGUGCUGUAUGUGUUAAGAGUAUUGUUUUGGUGUGUAAUUUACAUUUUACUUUUUAGUAGAACAUUGGUGCUACCUUUUCUGUAUUGCUGAUUAAUUACAUUAUUAUUCACUCUGUGCUAAAGGAUAAGCAUCUGAGUAUUAAUUAGCACGUGCAUUAUUAUAUUUGUUAUACUCGCUUCUGUUGUUGUAGUGAAACACUGAGAGUUUGCAUAAUUUAUAUGUAGGCCUACACGAGGAGUUUGCUACGUAUAUAUUGUUGCCGAGCUUUCUCUCGGAACAGUUUUUCAUUGUUUCUGGGGAGAGGACGUAAUUUGCAAGGUUGCAUACAUAAGUACAUAAAUUUAGUAUGAAAAUGGAAUGUUUUCAUAUCUUUUGUGAGUCAAAUAUUUCUCAGUAUUUGAGAGAAGUUUGCAGCAUAUCACUUAAAUGUGCCUAAAAUCUGAAUGUAAUGAGUAUUCAGAUAACUUACGGGAUCUUUCUACGAGUGUGAAAGAUGUUCCUCAGCUGCAUUUUCAUUGGUUAUUUGAAUAUGUCUAAAAUUGUGUAAGCACACUGCACCUGCAUUGGAAAUGCACAAAAAGUUAUUUAUAAUCUUUUGAGUUAUUUUAAUAGUUAAAUUUGUACUUUCACAAUCUACAUCCACACGGACACUCUGCUAAUCGCACUCGAGUGCCCGGCAGAGGGUUCAUCGAACCAUCUUCGAGAUAAUUCUCUAUUAUUCCAAUCUCGAAUAGCACACGGAAAAAACUAACACCGGUAUCUUUCUGUGUGAACUCUGGUUUCCCUUAGUUUAUAACGAUGAUCUUUUAUCCCUGUGUAGGCCGUAUUUUCGCACAGUUACCGGAUAUCUUUCAUUUUUUGUAAAGCUUCAAGUUAUUUCUCAAAUUUACUUUCGAGCCUCUAAUGUCAAAGUUACUUCGAUGUGAUAAUGGGUAAGGAGCUAAGUGCUCGUGUGGUGUUCGGCAUUGAUCGUGGCAGUGGAAACACUGUCAGGAAAUAAAAACAGUGUCAGAGGUGAGACUGAGUGUUGUGAAUGUAAUUAGGGACUAUAUUUUUAAGUUUUUGCAUUAUAAGGGACCACAGUCACGUAGGACGUUUUGAAAGAAACUUCUGCUAUUUGAUUGUAAAUUACUAUUAAUUUAUUUCACAUAAUCACGAUUUUGGCUUUAUAGCCUUUCUCGAGUGUAAGUUUAAACGUCACAAAAUGUCCAACUCGGUCUUAUAAACCGGUCGCAUCGCUCGUAUCCCGUAAUACGAUGACGCGACUGUGUGGCCAGAGAUAAGGUGUUUCGAUGGUGACGUGUCAUUUAGGUGUCUCGGACAUUUUGCGACAUUUCAGCUUCCCCUCUAGCAUGGCUAUAAAGCUGAAAUCGUGAUGUGUGAAAUAAAUUAAUAGUAAUUUACAGCCAAUAGUGGAAAUUUCUUUCAAAAAAAUGUUUGUGAAUGCAGGGCACUUUUGGAAAGAAAAUAGGUAUUGUGAAAUUAUUGAGUGAUAGCAUAAUAAACGACCCGUAAGGGCUGUUUAGGAAACUGACACUAA